AUGGCUUCGUUCCCCAAUGACAACGAUAAAGCUCCAGGUCGUGACGAGAAACCAGUACCAAAACCUGACAACCCGUUCGUCCAAUUCCGACAGUUCGCAGACGCGCAGGUCAGCUCACUCCUCCAAGGCAUCAUUGGCCUCCCUUCAGCCCUGUCGAGACGACCAGCUGGCGAUGCUCGGUGGAAUGAUACCGACAGUGAUCUCCGAAGGCGAGACGAUCUGCAGGCAAGAAGAAAGGAGUUGAGAGAGUCGGAGCCCAGGAACUUGAACGGCCAAACGGAAACAGCUACAACUUCGGGCACGUCGCCAACUUGCUAUAUAUUUCCUGGCUGUCAGCCUUCAAGCAAUAAUACUGAUGAACUGUUGGGGCUCGAAACCAUAACUAAGGAUGUACCGUUAUAUUCUCCGGUCACGAAGUCGUUGUUCGCCGCCCACUUACGACGCUAUAACGAAUGGGACCACGAAGCAGACUGGAAAAUACCUGGAGACAAUCUAUCGCCGCUCGAUAUGUUACCCACUGCUCUGAGGGCUGGUAAUUUGUUCUUGAGCACUGGCUAUAAUACCACACAAAGGACACAGAUGGUGGCGUAUGAAGCAUUGAACUGCAGCUCAAGAUUCCGCUCGGAGUACUCAUUGCUGCCAUAUCUCCUAUUCUCUUCUUACUCACCACUUAGGCUUGAAAAUUCUCUGUCAAAUCCGCUCAGCAUCGAUACUUUCCCGUACAAGGCAGCCUUCGAGGAUUUACUUCAAACCAACCUAGCUGUUGAAGAUCGAGAGGGAUUGCUAGGUGGCGGAAACUAUCACCGCAAUGCCGAUCAGGGUGAGCAUGCGAUCGAUGAUGUUCAAAAGCAGCUCAUGCUCUUGGAAGAGCAGAAAUUGGAACGGAUGACUGCCAAGCGGGAAGCCCAUGGGAUAUCGGCCCAGAAGACGGACGGUAGAACAGAUUACCAGGGACAAUGGAAGCAGGUCUUGGAAGAGGACGAGGGGAAUUUGUUCUUCAUGAAUGAUGGUCUAGGGAAAGUAGUGAGCGACUUCUUGUGGAUGAUAAAGAUGCAACACAUCGGACUUCUCCAACCUCGAGAAUACCCAGCCUCGAUAUCUUCCAAGAGCGCACAAACCGAGCAAGAGAUGUACGGCCAUUUUCUUCGGCUCUCAUCGUCGACCCCCAAGACGAUCGAUGAGUGGGUCAAGGCCGGCGACAAGAUACUGUCCCCACUUGAGAAGAGUGAAACCGCCUCCGAUGCCCGAAAGGAUAACAAGGGGUCCAUUGGGAUCAUGAGGGAGAUCCUAGAAGCGGCUAAACAGUUCAGCGAUGCCCAGGUGACAUCAGAUGGCCACGUCAACACGGAAGCAGUCCAGAAUCGGGCAAUUUCUGGACAAAUGAAAGUGCCAGGCAACACAGAUCGAGUAGUGUCUACGAGCACAACCUCGGAUCGGACUGUCCACGAGGAUGGCACGGUCGAGACCUCCAUCACAGUUUGGAAACGAUUCGGUAGUGGCCGAGAGAUUACCACGACUACCCAUCAUUGCGAGGAUCCGGCUUCGAAUGGAAGAAAUGAAUCGAACACUCCCCUCGAGGAGAAUGAACAGGAGUCAGUCCAUGCGAAGAAGAAGUCAGGAUGGUUUUGGAAUUGA